AUGGAGGCUGUGGAACCAACAAUCGGAUUUUCGUAUCGGAUGAAAAGAAAAGAUGACACCUGGCAUUACGCAGAAAUUAUCGAAAGCAGAUUGAACAAACAGGCGAAUGAUAGAGUAGAGUAUUACGUUCAUUAUGAAGGACUCAACCGACGGUUGGACGAAUGGGUCACUGCCGACAGGAUCGACUUGCUGAGCUGCAGUCCGUCCAGUGAGCAGCAAAAGCAGAUGUUUGACCUACUUUCCAAUUCACCGGACAGCAACGAAGAAGAGACGAGAAAAAUAACGCGCAAUCAGAAGCGAAAGCAUGACGAAAUCAAUCACGUGCAACAGGCUUACGAUGACAUGGACCCGACCACGGCUGCGCUGGAAAAGGAACACGAAGCGAUGACCAAAGUGAAGUAUAUCGAUCGAGUACGGUUUGGCAAGUACGAGAUGGACACGUGGUACUUUUCUCCGUAUCCGGAAGAAUACGGCAAGCAAUCGAAGCUGUACAUCUGUGAAUUCUGUUUCAAGUAUAUGAAGUUCCAGCGCACCUACCUUUAUCAUACGAAAGACUGUAAUUGGAGGCAUCCUCCGGGACCAAAGAUUUACGCAAAAGAUUCGAUCGCUGUGUACGAAGUUAAUGCUGAGGACCACAAGUACGGUCGACUGUUCCAGGUAUUCUGUCAGAAUUUGUGUUUGCUUGCGAAACUGUUCUUGGACCACAAAACCCUGUACUUCGACGUAGGACCGUUCAUGUUUUACAUUCUGUGUGAAAUCGACCGCCAAGGAUCGCAUAUGGAAAAGGUGUCGCCGGAUGGCAACAAUUUGGCGUGCAUCAUGAUACUUCCACCGUAUCAGCGUAAGGGUUACGGGAAGUUUUUGAUAAAUCUGAGUUACGAACUGUCGAAACUUGAACACCGAAUUGGAUCUCCCGAAAAACCGUUGUCAGACUUAGGAAAACUCACCUACCGAAGUUACUGGAGUUGGGCACUGUUAGACGUUUUGCGCGAGACUAAAGAUACAAUGUCGAUCAGGGAUCUCAGUGAGGUGACUGGUAUAGCCCACUGUGACAUUGUCGACACGUUGCAAUGGCUGAACAUGGCGAAAUACUGGAAAGGUAGGUACGUGCUGUACCUGACACCUAAGCUGAUCGACGAUUGCCUUCGAAGCGAGCUAUUCAAGCGGCCGGUUCUGACUGUCGACAAG